CGUGGACGUAGAUAAUUUGUAAACAUUCAUAGGAUUGUUUAGCGCGUUUAGUACGCUCUCGGUCGCAAAGAAAAUAGCCUGGAAGACAAUCAACAAAGGUUGUUAUGGUUUUGCCCCGUGCUGGAAUGUUUGAUGCUGUCUGCAAACAAUAUUAGAGUGUGUUUGACCUGCAGUCGGGCCAGUGUCGUUGUGAGGUACAACUUCUGAUUUUAGUGAAGCAAAGUGAUUUUCAGUAUGUUGUGUAAGCUUCAAAAACAUUUACUGAACCAUGUGCGGAUUUGAUAAAAUACUUGCCGUGUUAGUUUUUUAUUGGUGGAUUUUGACUCUACGUGGGAAUGAGGUGAUUGCUUACGAAUACUUCAACGAUAUACUGAACCCUGCAAAUUUGGAGAUCGAUGUUUGGCAUCAGAGGAACGCCAGAGUUGCCAUCCGCACCAACGAUAAACUUGACUGCGAACAACAGAAUGUCUACAUCUGCGAAGAGCCUCCAAACCUAGUGCCGCCAGACGCGAGGAAGACCUGCAACUACCGUAACUACGACUACCACGAGCAGGUGUACCGAUGGGUGGCCGGCCAAGGGUGUUUGUUCUACACGCCGAACUUCUUGUAUGUGGCCGGCUAUCGCAACAUCGACUUGAGUGCUGGGUGCUUCUACGGGAACCUGUAUGCACCGUGCUUGGAAGUUCCAAAAGAAGACGGGACAUGCGGGUGCUACCCGUUCGACCCGGGUCUGGAGGAGGUGGUGACAGCAGUGAGUAAGGCCAUGGUGCUGUCUGCCCAGGGCAGAUGGGAGAGGUGCUUCUAUGCUGCCUCUGACUGCUGCAGCCAUGUUAUGCUGAGCGAGGUUAACAGCACUUCGACAAACAAAUGUGAGGCCACCUUUGACGCGUGGACGUGCUGGCAUCAAGCCGACCCAGGCACCACCGCCACCGAGGUCUGCUCUGAAUUCGCUUACUCCAACGUUGGACCAUCUUGUAACCAUUUCAGCAGCAAACGAUGCUUCGAGAACGCGACCUGGGAUCCUCAGACGGACUAUUCCACGUGCAGCAUCACGCCUCGUCUACUCCGGCGAUAUCGUUUCCAUAUCGCUAUGCUGGCGUUUUCCAUCGCCUCAUGUCUGCCAGCUGUCAUCAUAUUCUUCAUGUACAAGCGGCUGAGAAUCACGAGAGUGGCUCUUCAUAGGAACUUACUGAUCGCCAUCAUAGUGAGGAACGUUCUCGUCAUCGUCAGUAGAAGUGAGAUUUACAUAGAUGAAAUAACAAAUUCAGGGGACACGGUACUAUCAAGCAACGGGUGGGCCUGUCGCGUUCUCGGGGUUGCAGAACGUAUCGCAGCCAACGCAGUCUUCGUGUGCAUGCUGGUGGAAGGCAUCUACUUACAUCGCCUGAUUGUGGCUGUCUUUAAGCAGAACUUGAAGGUCAAAUGGCUGUAUGUUAUAGGAGCUUUCAUAGCUGUGCUCCCAGUGGUAGCAUGGGCAGCUGUGAUGGGCGUCUACAACAACCACUCCUGCUGGCUCAUCUACACAGUGGACAACGUGCAGUGGAUUCUAGAUGCACCUAGGAUACUCAUACUGGUCAUCAACACAGGCCUAUUCAUAGACGUGCUAAGGGUCCUGCUUACGAAGCUCAGAAACGCUGAGAAUGCUAACCAGCUGAGUACGACAAAAGCAACACUAUUCCUGAUGCCCAUAUUUGGGACACAAUUCCUGCUGACGGCAUUCCGACCAAACACUACCAAUUGCACGGGAGAGCAGAUCUACUACUAUGUGGCUUACACAGUCGAAGGACUACAGGGAUUCAUCGUGGCCAUGCUUUACUGCUAUGUCAAUAAGGAGGUUCGCAUGUUACUCAAAACAACGUAUAGGAAGACUGAAUCAGCGGUUGUUUCACGCGUACGACGUGACUCCGCUUAUCCACGUAUGAGCAUCGAUCCGAAAUCAGAUAGGCGAUUCACCUACAGUACCGCUCUACCUCCGCAAAACGCAGACGACCCCAAGGACCAAUACGCAACCAUAGCCCCCAAACUGCACGUCGCCGAAAUAAUAUCGAUACAAGCCAGCGAACGACUAGCUGAUAUACUAGAACCAGUUUACGAAACCAUAGAAAAUGGCGUAAUCAACGAAGGCUACGAUUCUUUAGAAAGGUCCAGCGUAGAUAAUGACUCAGGGUUCAUUGCGAACAGGGAUUCUAAAGGAGACAACUACUACGGAUUCACUAACGUCUCGAGCGUGUCGAUCGAUUGCCAAGACUGGAUAAAGUGCAUAUCCUCACCAUCUAGCAGCGUGUACAACAAUUCACUAAACGACUACGAAACAAGAUACUUGGAAAGAAGAUUCCCCAACCAUCCUAAACCAAAACUUAUAGCCGAAUCGAGAAGAAGAUUGUCGGAAAAUGCGGAUGUAACCGGGCUUGGGAAAAGAUGGUCAUCAAGUUGUGAUGAAAAACUGAGAGAGAUAGUUGAGGCCAAAAAAAGGUUGUCUCUAUCAUGUGAUGAUAGACCGAAGGAUAUCGCUGAGUUCGGAAAACGAUUAUCAGUACAAGAAGUAAUAACAGAAUCAGAUAAGUCGAUUGAAAAUGUUAAUACUGAUGAUAAUAAAGAUCUAAAGGAACCCGAUUUGGAAGGUAUCGAUAACGAAUCCGAUUAUGAAGACUGUGACACGAUGCUUGAAGAAAUAUUGCAGUACAUCGAAACAACCGACAACAACGUCGUAUUAAAUCCUGAGCUUCUAUCUCCGAACAGAAAGGAGGACGAGAAAAUCGUCUUUGUAGAUGAAUGAAUUAACCUAAUGAGUUAUUAACACUAAUAUUUAUCAUUAAUUUAUAGACAUGAGUUGUUAUUUCAUUAAUAAGUUAGACAAAAAUAUGAUUCGCGCAACGAAACUUCCGAUUAAGUAUCGAGGGUUCUACAAAUGCAGUUCAUGUGUUUAAAAAUAUAUUAAUGAGCAAAUUA